AUGAAACGAAGCCACCUCUCUCUCUCUCCCCCUCUCUCUCCCCCUCUCUCUCUCCUCUCUCUCUCCCUCCUUCCCUCUCUAUCUCUAUCUCCCCCUCUCUUCUUUCUCUGUAAAAUCUCCCUUCUCUCUCAUCCUCCUCCCUCUCUCUCUUUCUCUCUAGAUCGUCCACACCUUCUGGGCCACUCCCCCUUUUUCAGCCUCUUCCUUUUUCUAUUUCUCACCUCCUUCUUCUCGUUUUUUUUUUUUUUCAAUUCAUUUCUCCUUUAUUCUCUCACUUUUUCUUAUAUAUUCUUUCUGUUAUUUUCCCUGUUAUCCUCUUGCCUUUUCACUAAAUUUUCUUUAGUUACUCUUCCCCACUUUCUUUUUCUCGUUCCUGGUUUACGUUUUUACCUCUUUUUUCCCUUUUUCUCUUCUUCAUCUUUUCUUCUUCUUCUUUCUCAUACUUCUUCCAUACUUGUUUUUCUGUUUACACUUCUUUAUUUCUUUCUUUCUUUCUUUCUUUCUUUCUUUAUUUUUUACUUUUCUUCAUCUAAUUCCUUAACGCCUAAAUUUUAUUCUUUCAUCCUCCUUUAUUCUUUUUCUUUUUUCUUUCCAAUAUUUUUAGUCAUAUUAUUCUCCUUCUCUUUCUCUCAAGAAAGUCACUGA